GGCGAGAAUACGAAUGGCGUCCGUCGUCAGCAUGGGCCGUAUUUUUCUUCCUGGUCCUCUCGGUGCCCGUAUGUCUUUCUGCGUUAACGAGGCGAGAGAGAAGAUAUUCGAGAAAUUCAAGUUAUUAUCACGAGUACGUGGCUAUCAAAAUGGAGGAAGACGCAAAUUCUUCUGUACAGAGCAGGAUCAAAGACAAUAAUCACACGGAUAAAAAAAACUUAAACCUGACGUCGCAUAAUAAUGAAGUUUCCACUAUUCAGGAGGAGGCGCUAUUCACCUGCUCUUUAUACAUUUCGCGGGCUGGCGGCCUUCAAGACCAAGGUCAUCCUGUCCAAGGUUGUGAGUUAUUACGAUCUCAUCUCGAAGAAGCUAUUGUAGCUUCCGAACCGAUGUCAACGUGGCGCGUCUCUGAAACUCCGUGCGGUCUAAUAGCUGCUUUUGCCAGAGAAAACGAUGCUGAAAAACUAUUGCAACGCGGCGACUUAGCCCGCGUGUUUGGAAGACCUGUACAAGUCAUAUUUUUCUAUAAGGUAGCACGAUUCUCAGCGAGAGAUUCUCGAUAUCAUCAAGCUGUACUUCUGAGAGAUGUCCCGUGGGCCAUACCACUCCAAGAUAUAAAUUCGGCUCUGACAAAGCAAGGAAUUGUCGCUGCAAAUGUCGAACGUUCGCGACACUUUGUUCGAGUAGAGGUCUUCGACGCGGGCCAUUACGAAGCUUUAUUACGUCAAGGUUUGGAUUUUUUCGAGGUGGCACGUUUCAACGCCGUUCCGGAACGCUGGUGGCGCGGUAAUACCGCAUGUUCCUCCGGUAUAUCGUCGCGAUGUGCACCGCCAGAUUACGGGAAUAAUUCUCCGGAGACGUCGAGUGUACCGCAAACAGCAGAUGGUGUACUGCAAUGUUACCGGUGUCAGGGUUUUUGGCACGUGGCUGCCAAUUGUCGGCACUUGCCGCGUUGCGUCCGCUGCGGCGAGCCGCAUAGCGUCGAAUUUUGUCCCCGGCCACGCAAUAAUCCUAUAUGCUGCCACUGUUCCGGGCCUCAUCAUGCCGGAUAUAGACAGUGUCCAGUUAGACUGCAACUGUCCAAUGCGACUCCCGUAAGCAUCACGUUGAGUACAACUCGCACAGGAAGUCAAUAUCCAACGAGCGCCGCGAACAAAUCGAACCCUUCGUGCCAUUCUCUGAGGCAGAGUCACUGUUAAAUAUCGUUGUUUAACGAUGAUAUCAAAAUUAUUUAUAUAUAAAAUUAUCAGUCCUAUUGGCAUUGUUUAUGAACCACUGUUGUCAUAAUCUUAAAAUGACAAUGAAAACAUUAAAUAUUCGCGUUGCGGAUAUAAAAUAAUGCUUUAUCGCGAAUCACCAGCGAAAUUUCGCAGCUUCAAUAAACGUGACGACACAAUGGCAA